AUGAGAGGAUCAGCCCUGGCGGUGGCCUUUCUUAGUACCAGGUGGCAGGCAUGCAAGGGCCAGCCCUGGGUGGGUACUUUACUAGUGCCCGGCAGCAGGCGCAAGAAGGCCAGCCUUGGCAAUAAAUACUGGGUUGCUGAGGUGGGUGAGAUACUGUCCAGAUACCCCAGGGACAUCUACAGCUCCUUUGGCUUCCCUGGAAAGGUAAAGAACAUCGAUGCUGCCAUUCAUGAGGAGGAAACUGCAAAGACGUACUUCUUUGUCCCCAGUGAGUAUUGGAGGUAUGAUGAAAACAUGCAGUCCACGGAUGCAGGUUAUCCCAAAGAGAUAAUUCAUGAUUUCCCUGGAAUUGGCAAAAAUGUUGAUGCUGUUUUCGAAGACAGAGGAUUUUUCUAUUUCUUUCAUGGAAAAGGGCAGUACAAAUCUGAUCCUAAAACUAAGCAAAUUUUGGCCUCCUGA